GGACGCCGAGUCGAGUUGAAGAGUGUUUGACUGCAGUCCCUGUCUUUCUCGCUGUUAGCCCUAAAAGAAGAAGAAGCAACGCUCCCGGUUUUUGUCUUCACAACGCCUUUGGCUCCAUCCAAAUCUAGAAACGAAAAAGAAAUAACCUAGAGGGGGCCAAAAGAGAAAGACCAGUUUUGUUCGCUGUUUCAGUUUUUGUCUCGAACAGGAAUUCUUUUUCGAUCGAAAAAAAAAAAAGAAGAAGAUCCAGUUGAACAAAGUUUUUGUUACCGAGCAGAAAAAAAAAAGAGAUAAUCGCAUUUCAGAAAGAAGCAUACAUAAUAUUUUUGCCAGUCUUUCAGUGCACUUCGGUCAGGGCAGUGGUCUCAAGUCGAAGUGUGUUGAGCGCGGGAUUUUGUCUGUGACCUUCCUCCAUUUUUGUUUGAUUCUUCGAACCACGCACACACACAGGGUCGUUGUGCGAAACAGUUUUCUACCCUUAUUCCAGACAUCAACGACAAGAGAAUGACGCGAUUGAAUUUCAUCAGCCUGUUCCUAUUGAUCGGCAUUGCCAAUUGUCAAGUGACGAUCGAGCCACAGAAUAUCGUCGUGCGACAAGGCGAAGUGACGAGAUUGAUGUGCAAAACGCGCACGCCAAUCGAGAACUGCUUGUGGGAGAUCAACGGCGAUCUCUUCAACUUAUUGCAGGGCAGUCCUUACGAACCAUUCGGAAUCCUGGAGGAUGGAGAAUGCGGCAUUCAGGCGAGAAUUACGGAGGCUGAAAACGGCGUAUGGUCCUGCCGUGUGUUCCUUAAAGCAACGAACAGAUCGCCCGCCGAACGGGCCAGCGCUAACGUCACCGUUUUAGCAUUGCCGCAGAUUUCACUGCGGCCCAUGGAGGAAACCAUCACGGUCAUUGCUGGAGAAACGACCACAAUUGAUUGUUUGGUAUCCAACGCCCGUCCUGUCCCUGCCAUCAUGUGGAUGUUAGGCGAUCGUGAAUUGGAUUUCACCAAUACGCAAACGGUUGUGGAACCGCGACAGGGUGGCGACAACACGAAGGUGAGUAUCACCAGCAAGUUGAACUACGCCUUCCAGGCUGUCGACCACGACAAGUCGCUCCGUUGCGUCACCACUGGACCGUGGCUGACGAUGGAAGAUCCCCACCAAGCCUCGGCUCAAUUGAACGUCAUCUUUCCGCCGCAACCGAAAGACGACAUGACGCUGUACGGUUUCGUGCUCGGUCAGCCUGGUGACAUCACCGUCAACUUUACAGCUAAUCCCCGCCCGUCGAACGUCGUCUGGAAGCUGGACAGCGAGACCGAGUUGGCUGUUGAACCCUUUACUGGACGUUCCAGCGAUCCUCGCGUCGAAGUCAGCGAGCUCAGGAGCACCAACGCGACAUCGUACGAGGCCCGUUUGCGGAUCAAGUCGGUGAGCGAAGCCGACGCCCGUCGCAUCUUCCGUCUGGUCGUCGAAUCGUCGAUGAACGGCGAGCCCGUCUCGCAGGAGUACAUGGUGCGCCUGUCUACAUCUCCAGCUCCGCUUCAAUGUAACCCGAAUCAAAUUGAGAACUGUUCGAAUCAAGCCAACCGACGGACCGUUGAUUCUCGUUCUGAUUUAGCCGGCGGAGUCAGCGGCGGCGGAAUCGCUGCUAUCGUCAUCGUCCUCGUUGCCGUCCUUGUCGUCACGGCCGUCGUCCUCUACGCUCGCAAUACUGGCCGCUGGUGCUUUGCUGGUGGACGUCGGACUGUAGGCGAAGGUGAAUCACAGGCGCGCAUCGACGAGGAGAACCCCGGUGAGAUCGUCAAGGAGAAGGAAGGCAAGGAGGGACCGCUCAAAGGAUCCAACGAGAACUUGAACCUCCAAUUGGCUGGCCCAGAUGGCGCUGAAAACGGCAACGGAGUUCCGGCUCCCAUCAAAGAGGCUCAACAGCAGACGAACGGCGGCACAACGCCCGAUGGCAAAGACACGGCCGUUUGAUUUUGUGCAGCGACAGGAACAUUAAAAAAGAGACACGUUUAUAUAUUGAAGUUUAAAAAAAAAAAGAAAAACUAGACCAUGUUAGAAUGGGGGAGAAACAGCAGAAGAGAAGAGAAGACCGCAAAAGAACAAAAGAAUUAUGAUACGCGACAAUGAAAAUUUUAAGACAAUUGUGCGGGGGGACUACCACAAUUAUAUUUGAGAAAAAUUUGAAUUUUUUCUCGAUGAAUUUUAACUUGGACAAAAAUUCUCAUUUUUGACACACUUUCUUCCAUCACAUAAUUUUUUUUUUUGUCUUCAUUUUUUUUUUUUUGGCUUCGCUUCCAAGUAAUUUGACCAAAAAAAAAAGUUUCGUCAGACGUAAACUUUUUUUUUUUAUUUUUAGACAUUUAAUUGGGUCGGUUUUUAUUCAUUUUUUUAAUUUCCGGAUUUUCGUGUGUGUGUGUGUGUGUGUAUUUCUCCAUUUUGAAGCUAGCGGAUUCCACUGAUCCCCUCCAAUUAUUAGAAGAGAAAAAAACAAAACAAGAAGCUGUGUUACAUAUUCAAAACAUGUUUACGUCGCCCGCUGCGUAUGUGUCACUGUAUGUCUGCCGCCACUGUUGUGUAUAAUUUGGGCGUCUUACACACAUACAAAAAAAAAAAAGACGGCGAGAUAGGGACAGUCCUUUCCAAGAGAUGGCGUUCAAUCUGAUUGAUGGACAUUCCCCCGCGUUUGAAAAUGACCGCAAAGACGACCGCCCCCGCUCUCGCCGUUGAUUUUGUAUUAGCGCUUCAUUUUUCAUUCCUUUUUCUUCAGGUUUUUUUUUUUAUUAUUAUUAUAAAUCUUUCCAUACUUCUCUGUAGUUUUUAGAUGUAGCAGUCACACUCUUUUUCGUAGUCUUUAUAUUAAAAAAUCAUUUUGAAUUUUUUCAGUCAAGCGUCUGUGGCCACACAACAGUGGCCGGACGCAAUCUCCAUUUCCAUUUUUGCUGUAAAAUUCUCUUAAAAAAAAAAAAAAAAGAACAUUACCGACAUUCUCUUUUUUUUUCUCCCUCAUUUUUGGGGGUUUAUUGCCCAUCCCGUCCUUUAUCCAAAACUAAAUAAAACAAACAAAAAAAAAAGAGAAAAAUGAGAACGAUAUUUCCUUUCCUCCUUUCGCAGACAUUUCCAGAAACGCAAAAACAAAUUAUGAAUUUAAGAAGAUGGCGAAUUCAAAAAGUAAAUCGAUGUAGUGUUUUGUAAUUUUCCCCUCCCCUCCCCCCCCCCUCCCAAUACGUUUUUUUAGGUGUCUAUAUUUAAGUGGUUAUGUAUAAGCUUGUGUGAUGUGACGCCCCCUCCCCCUUACUCGCCCUCAUCCCCUUUUGUGUUUGAUAUUCAAAUCAUGUUUUUUUUUUUCGUUUUUUAUUUCCUCAUCUUUUUACCUCUUCCCAAUUCAACAAAAAAAAAAAUACAAACCAAAAAGACAAAAAAAAAAUAGAAAGGAGAUGAAAGUCUUUUGUCACUUGACAUAUUCAAUUGCUUUUAGACACAACCCUACCCCCUCAAAAAAAAAAUAUGAAAACCCACACGCAAACAACCGCACGUUGAGCACGAAU